AUGAACUGUUCAACUGCAGGCGAUCAGGACGGCAGCAGUUACGAUGCGGUUGUACAGAGGAUCAAUGGUAUCGCUGAGCAACUCAAGUCGCUAAGGUAUGAGUGCGCCAACUGCUUAAACAAAAUACGUCAUGAUAAGGCUGUGUUCUCGUGUAGAGAUUGCUACUGUAUUUUUCACCUCUAUUGCAUAAAGCGAUGGGCAAAAGAGGAUGCAAGUGGGGAUGGCAAUGCUUUUCGUUGCCCACACUGUCAAGUUGUGCAGCGGUCUGACCUGAAAUAUUACUGCUUCUGUGGCAAGGUGCGAGAUCCAAAAUAUGAUCCCCACAUCACACCCCAUAGCUGUGGAGAUACGUGCGGAAAGGCUCGCCCCAACAACUGCCCGCAUAGUUGUCCAUUGCCUUGUCACCCGGGGCCCUGCGUGCCGUGUAGUGCCGUAUCCGGCCCCGGUUCGUGUGGAUGUGGCUCCACCUCGUACACAUGGAGGUGUGGUCAACCGGACCCGUUGAAAACAUGCGAUAGAAUUUGUGGGAAGAUGUUAUCCUGUGGAAAGCACUUAUGUCCAGACAAGUGCCACCACGGGGCGUGUCGCGGUUGCUCAAAGCAGUCCACCACGUCAUGCCACUGCGGGUCGGAGGUCAGGCCGAUGCGGUGCGGCUCCACCGUUUUCUCUUGCGGAAAGGUAUGUGGCAGGGAAUUGAAAUGUGGGGUCCACCACUGUGAAAGAAUGUGCCACGAGGGCACAUGUCCUCCUUGCAAGACUGACCCUAGUGUUGUAGCAACGUGUCCUUGUGGCUCAGUACCUCUGGUGGUUGUCAGGACGCGGUGCAGUGACCCCGUGCCAGUUUGCGGCAACGUGUGUGGGCGUUGGCUGGACUGCGGUGAACACAAAUGUGAUGCCAAAUGCCACGAGGGAGGUUGUGAACCAUGCCAGCAGCAGGUCGCAGCGACGUGUUCGUGUGGAAAGACGCAGGCCACUCUUCCUUGUCUGAUGCGGCGUAGUUUUCGUUGUAACAAGGUGUGUAAGGCUGCUCUCUCCUGCGGGAAGCACCAAUGUCGCGCGCGGUGUUGUCCCGCACGUAAAGGAAAUAAUGCUGAUGCGCACUGUUGCCGGCAAGUGUGCAACAAAAAACUUUCUUGUGGCCACAAUUGCAUGGAGUUGUGCCACCGUGGUCCGUGCCCCUCAUGCCCCAAUGUAGUCUCCGAACGCCUACGAUGCAGAUGCGGUGCUGAGGAAUUGAUGCCCCCGCAGCCUUGCGGAACUAAGCCACCACAAUGCAAUAGACCAUGUAGCGUUCCUUUGCCAUGCGGCCACCCGACAGGUAGUCAUAUUUGUCACUUCGGUGACUGUCCGCCAUGUAUGUUUCCAGUUGAACGACUUUGCGCCGGUGGACACCGGAUUGUGCGAAACGUUCCCUGCAGCGCCGAGUCUACAACGUGCACGUAUAAGUGUGGUAAGCAAUUAUCUUGUGGUCACAAGUGUGUGCGGUUUUGUCACGGCGGACCGUGUGUUGAUGAACAGCGACCCUGUGGACAACCAUGUGGAAAAAUUCAAGAUGUCUGUGGUCAUGCAUGUGCGUCAAAAUGUCAUGGAUCGGCAAACUGCCCGGUCUGCAUCGUGGUUGAAGAGCUACACUGCGAAUGCCGCCGUCGAGUUGUUCAGGUUUCGUGUGGGAAAUUAAUUCAGUUCAAGAAAGAACACCAGGGGCAGCGCUACUUGAUUAAGUGCGAUGCGGAGUGCCUGGCUGUGCAGCGUCUUGAAAUUCUCUCGAAGCGUAUAAAGCCGCAUCCACCGAUCAAGUACUCCGUCUUCCUUUGGGAAGCUGCAUUGACCGAUGUAGAACAAAUACGGAAGUUUGAAAGGAUACUUCAUACCUUCGUGGUAGGCUGCGAAGGGGUCAUGUGUUUGGGUGCAAUGGCCGCCCCUAAGCGAGCCAUCGUUCACAACAUGUGCCACUACUAUCACAUAAAUUCUGAGUCUGUCGAUCCUGAGCCCCGCCGUGGAUGCCUACUGACAAGGACGCCCAAAACUAAGCUUCCAGAUCCGUUGCUAAGCGUAGCAAUAGCGACACCUGAGCAGCACUCGCCGUUAUUUUUCAUGGAGCGCAUUUGUCAGGAAGACAAAUUGGUAGCAGCUCACGUUAUCGUGGUGAAUGGCGAGCAUGCAAAUACCGUCACAAUUGCGCGAGUACUGCAUGACUUCGCCGGUGAAUUUGUCUGCGAGGAAGGGGGUCUAAAUAAUGGUGUGCCACGGUUGCGAUUGUUCUUUGUCCAGAAGGCAAAGCGUGGGGAAGCGUAUCGUCACCUGCAAGCGGUUAAACCACCCUUUGAGUUUUACAUUCCGUCUGCAGAUGACGGCAAGGAGUUCAGGAAACUCCAGAACCCUUGGAGCAAAAUAACCUCUUGGAGGGAGAGGGAAACUCGUUAG